GGAGGCGUCUGUUCUGUUUGCAGAGGAGGCGUGUGUGUUUUUACAGCCAUGACCUGGACGUGACGCCGUGUGUGCUCUGACAACAGACGUAAAAAGAGACACGAACACUUGAGAGGGUGUCAGCGCUCAUCUGCAUGAACAAAUUCAGCCGCACGAAGCUCGAGUCGGCAGUCGGCUGCAUCCCGGAGCUGCAGAGGACGAAUGGAUCCGUCUGGAAAACGUCCGUCCGGCUCUGGAGGAUCCACUGAGAACCAACAUGCUCAGAGUCCAGCACAGUCAAAGUUCAGAUCAGCGCCGGAGACCUUCAGCCUGACUCGCUGCGCCGCCUGCUACAACCAGAAGUCCAGCUCCACGUACCGCUGGAGGAACAACGGUGACUCCAGCUCUUCUGAUGAAGCCUCUGGACCAGAGCCGGAGUCAGAUGCAGAGCUCAGCUCCAGCAGCAGCUGCAACGAGGACGUUCUGGAAGAGACACCGGAGAGGAACUCACCUGUACCUGGAGACGAUGCUGAGCCUGGAUCUGAAGAACAGGAAGGACCAUCGGAGAGCCAGGCAGAGGAGCAAAGGAUGAAGAGGACGAAUCCUCCAAGAGCUCCAUUCGUCAAGUCCUUGUCUUUGCCGGCCUCCUUCAGUCCUCCCCCGUCCUACCAUAAAAGGUUCGUCUCCACCCUUCACCUGAAGGUGUUGAGUUAUGACGAGGACGCCGUCUUCAGUGUCCGCCUGGCAGAGAAGAAAGAAACCAAAAAAGAAGGAGGCGGGAUCAACAGUCUGUUUCCUCAGCCUCCAUUUCAGUGGAAGCAGAUGGGGUUACCAUGGCAACACCAACAACCAAACCAACACCAGUACCAGCAACAACAACAACCACCAAACCAAAACCGGUACCAACAACGACCAUCAUAUCAACACCAGUGCCAACAACAACAACCAAACCAACACCAGUACCAACAACAACCAAGCCAACAACAACCAAACCAACACCAGUACCAACAACCAUUAAACCAACACCCGUACCAACUUGUACCAAACCAACACCAGUACCAGCAUCAACUACCAUAUUACCACCAGUACCAGCAACAACCAGCACACUUGUCCCAACAACUACCACACUAG